CACACAGUAUUUCCGUUGUGCUGGCACUGUGGUCAAUCACUGCAGUAUCAGCAAAGCAGAUGAAGAAAUUGGAUUUACCUUGAGGCAUAGGCUGUGCUUACUUAAAAAAACCUAAAACAACUCAAAAGAAAAUAAAAAUCCCCAAACCCCCACUAGCAACGACAUUACAAGUGCAACAUGCCCUCUACCAUUGUGAUGAAGGUUGUAAUACCUCAAAAUAUCACCAUUUUGUGAUAAAUCCAAUUCAUUUGGUAUGAAACUGCCAAACUGGCAUCCUUUUAUCAAUUCCAGUAUUCAGGUGUAAUCAUUAAAGCUUAUACGUACUAACUGCAAAACUGAGGACUAUUUCAAUGUAUAGAAUAGCCUUUCUGAAGUCUGUUUUCUAUUUGCUUUUAGUUCAGGAACCUUUUAUCUAAUGCUGUGAAUAAGUGUAAAUGCAGCCUGUCUUUAGUUUAGAAAGAGGACACUUUUUAACAGAGCAGUUUUGAUCCUUUUUUACCUGGUAUCCCUUAGUUUUGGUUUGAUACUCUGAACAAGUUAAAUUUUUAACAAAUUGAAAAAAACUCAUGUAUUUUGCUUUUGAUUACAGAAUACUUUCAUGCAAAAUUUUGGGUGGGUGUUGUGUCUUAUAAAACUCUUACUUGUAUUGAUACUGAAUGUCACUUGUUACCUGUCUCUUCUGAGAAGUAUUUAUUUUAUCAGCAAUAUUGAAUAGCUUUUUAUAAAGGAGACUGAAAAUUGUAGUGGAAGUAUGUAUAUGUGGGACUGAUAGCAUUUUUUGUGCUUUGUGUGAUGGAACCACUGCCAUCAUGCCAGACUGGUAGUUUUUCUGAUUGAAAGUUCUACCAAGUCUAACAGUACAUCCUGUCUCAUUUGGUGCAAGUCUAAAAGAGAAAACCAGGAAGAUUAAGGAAGAUCUUGUUACAGAAUUUAAAUAUUUGAAUGAUUUUGUUAGGUGACUGAAAUAAAGUCUUUGCAAAUUUUGUCUCGUGUUCAGAACAGUCUCAGCUCAAGCUUCCAGAUGACUUACGAGAGGUGUGGAGUACUCAGCUCAGUAGCUGAGGGUUGUAAACAGAGUGCUAAUAUCCUGAAAAUCAGGCUCUGGCUGAGCUCUCCACAGUCCUGCAUGUGUUACCUAUUAGUAAAUGGGAGCUUCUCACCCUGUUGUCUUGGGUGUCCUGGGAUCCUAGGCCAAGUAUCAUGUUGUUUGUUGUUCUAGGGAGAAGUGCUGUAGAGGACUGGGUAGACAAACACUGAUACGCAUGCUGAACUGCAUGGAAUAGUGCAAAACGUGGGACAGCUGCUUCUCUGGUAUUUUUGUGUGUACUAAAAGGGUAGUGAAGGAAAACAGGGUGUAAUGAUCUGUUUUUACUGGUAGCUGCUGUAGCAGUGGGAAGAGGAAGAUAAAGUUUCUGUUCAGCUUAAAUGAUGGCACUGACCACAACUAUGUUUUUGUCUUUGAGGUACAAAAGAUAACUACUUGAAAAUUAGAACAGCAGACUUCAUAGCUGGCUUUGAACAGGACACUAAAUAAUGUAGAUCUGACCUGACCAUAUAAAAAGAUAAAUAUGCAGAUAGUACAUGAAGUCAAGUGAAGGAAGAGUAGGAAUUUUUCUAGAAGUAGUUCAUUGUUUCUAGGAGUGGCUUUUUAUUUAAAUGCAAAAAUAUUUCUCCCUCCAGACAUUUGGUUUUAAUGAGAGUCCAGAGGUCAAUUAAGGAAAAAAAAUUAAAAAUAAUUGAUUAAGUUACCUGCUGCUUUCUUGUUAAAUGUUGUGUUUAACUUGCUGAGAAGUAAUUAAGACUAGUCAAUCCAGAAGAGACUAAGUGUCAGUCUAGCUUGGUUGUCUGGUGAUGACUGGAAAUAAAAUUAAAAGCAAGGACAAGAUACACUUCUCGAAAGUAUCUUCCUCUCUGCUGUUGCUCUGUGACUUCAGGACCUCAGAGGCAGUGUUUACAGCUGGAAUUUAAACAGUGAUUACGAAUCUUCUAUUUCAUUAGGUUUUUCGUGUAGCUUGUACAUCGAUAUCCCCCUGGGCUAGUAAAUAGUUUGAUAAGCAUUGCUUUAGAGGAACACAGUGUUUUCAUGUUGCUGCUUGUAUUGUGCACCUUUCAUUCUGACAGCUGUGGAAGAAAGGGGGAUUGAUCCAUUUUCUCUCUUAGUAAGUACUGGAGGUUGUUCACAGAAUAACCUUUGCUACAACAGAGAGACAUACUCCUGGUCUUAAAAAUAUGGGAAACCUCUCCUUGUUUCAUCUCUCUUCAGGUUGUUGUUUGUUGUUUGUUUUUUUUUCCCCUUCCUAGGAAUAAUUAGACUUUCUGUGCCCCUCAUUUCCUUUUCCAGUUGGAGAAAGAAAAAAUACCAAAAUUCAUGUUCUCUUUUGUCUGCAGAGAUCUGAAUACCAGCAGUGCAGCUGGCCAGUGGUGUCAGUCUCUCUCUCAAGGAACAAUCAAGUAAAAUGGACAGAAAAAAUUGUGUGCUUUAAAAUCCAUCUCUGCCUGUUAUGUAGUUGGAAGGUAUAAGAGUGCAGAUAUGAGAAAUGAGUGUUGGACGCAGAAGAUUAAAGCUGCUGGGAAUUCUGAUGAUGGUAAACAUUUUUAUUUAUGUGAUUGUGGAAGUCUCAAAAAGUGGCAGCCAAGAGAAGAAUGCAAAAGGCCGUGUUAUUAUACCACGCAGCAAAUUUUGGAGAAAAUACACUCCUCACAAAGCUUAUUGGAACAGACAGCAGCAGAAGCUUGAGCUGCUGUACAACCCUAUUCUGACCUUGCUUUCCAACAUGACUGUGGAAGAGAACUUAAUUUCUAACUUGAGUGUUCUCAGUUCCUGUGACCCUGACCCAUGGGUACAUUCAGAGGUUAGUGACUUUGCAAGCUUACCAGACAGAUUCAAAGACUUUUUGCUUUAUUUGAGAUGUAGAAAUUAUUCAUUAUUAAUGGAUCAACCAAACAAGUGCAAACAUAAACCUUUUCUGCUGCUAGCUAUUAAGUCACUUACACCCCAUUUUGAUAGAAGGCAAGCAAUUAGGGAAUCCUGGGGCAAGGAAAUACAGUCGGGAGAUGUGACAGUCAAAAGGGUCUUCUUACUUGGACAGACCCCACCAGAGGAUAAUUUCCCUGAUCUUUCAGACAUGAUAAAAUUUGAGAGUGAAACCCACCAAGACAUUCUCCUCUGGAACUACAGAGACACUUUCUUCAAUUUAACUCUGAAAGAGGUGCUGUUUCUUAAGUGGGUCAGCAGCAGUUGCGCAGAUGUCCAGUUUAUUUUUAAGGGCGAUGAUGAUGUUUUUGUGAAUACCCAUCAGAUCCUGGAUUACUUGAAGAGCUUAUCAAAGGAGAAAGCCAAAGACUUAUUUAUAGGCGAUGUGAUCAAAGAUGCUGGACCUCAUAGGGAAAAAAAACUGAAGUACUACAUCCCAGAAAGUGUUUAUGAAGGUUCGUAUCCUCCAUAUGCAGGGGGUGGUGGGUUUCUGUACUCUGGUGAUCUGGCAUUAAGACUGAAUAAUGCAUCUGACCAGGUACUCCUUUACCCUAUUGAUGAUGUUUAUACUGGAAUGUGCCUUCAGAAGCUUGGGCUUGCUCCGGAAAAACACAAAGGCUUCAAAACAUUUGACAUUGAAGAGAAAUACAGAAAUAACAUGUGUUCCUACACAAACUUAAUGUUAGUACAUAGUAGAAAACCUCAAGAAAUGAUUAAGAUUUGGACAAGCUUGCAAGAUCCACACUUAAAUUGUUAAAGUAGUGGGAAUAAAUGUCUUAAGUCCAAAUAACUUUCCAGGUUUGGGUCUGACUUUCUUGGUGGACCAUUGAAGCUCUGUUUAGUAGUUUAAUUUUCUCUCUCUGGAAACUUUUUCCCAUACUUUUGAAAAUGAGGGUGAUACUAAAAUUUGAGGGGUUGGCUUGAAGACUUGGUCCUGACUUUUCCACUGUUCCGGUGGUCAUUAUGUUUCAAUAUUUGUCUUCAGAUUAAAAAGGACUUCAAGUAUGUAACUAGCUGUAAGUGACUGGUUAGCUGUCUUGGAAACAGGGAUUGCCUACUGCAAUGCAUCUUUCAUUAAUUGUGAUGGUGGAAGGUAAUUUUUCGUUGAGUACUCUGUGUGUGGAAACCACUGUAAAUCGAGAAUUCACAAAUUGGGAGGACUCUAGUUUUACUUUAAGUAUGAAACACUCUUAUGAGACUUAAACUAUUGAAUUAUUUAAUUUAUAGUUUUCAGUCUUUCUGCACCCUGGAACAGUAUUUUAUCCUUUGCUUACGAUCUUCUGUGCAAAGUGUGCCUGUGUCUGAAGGAUUUACCUUUAUUAGAUGAUGCUUGGUUGGUUAUUUUUUACAAAAAAAAAACAAACAUAAUGCUGACUGAAACACCCCAUAAAAGAGCUGAAUAUACAAGGAGAAGGAAGAACAGGUUUUGAUUGGGUCUGGGCAGUAGGUACAGUUAGGUCUGCCCCCAGCUUGUGUGAGGCAAAGCUGACUUGUUGCUCAUGUUAUUUAUGUGAAAAGCUACUCUGGUCAGUCCUUGUUUUCUGUUUUGGCACUAAAUGUGAUUGGGUAGCUUGAUUUGAUGCAAAUAACUGAAAUUUGCACAUUGCUUAUGAGAGCAUGGUUUGGAUCUCCUGUAAAGCAGUAGCAAAUCUAGAAUUGUGCAGAUCCUAAGAGUUUUGAAACACACUUUGAAGUUGCAUGAUGUCUCAUGUAGAGUUAAACAUGUUCUCAAAACUCAGAUUUUCUUCUGUAUUUCCACAUCUUGCUUAUAAGAGUUAUUCUAAAUAGUGGUUGCUUCCUUUGUAUAUGUAGAAGUGCCUGUCUAUUUAUUGUUCAGAUUGAAGACCAAAACAUUUUCUUAAAUAUAUUUUGUGUAACAUUUUAUUUGUAUAGUGUUGUCACUCAGAUAUUUAAAUAGAGCAUGAUAUUUUAAAUCUGUGAGAUGUGUAACGUUAAAUAAAGUUAAUUGUUAUUUUUGAAUUUGAAAAAUAAAAUGUGAUUUAAAUA